CGUAUUACCAAGGAGAAUGAAAUGAUCCUGCUCCGUCUGAGCCAAUGCAGGUCACACUACAAUGUGAGGGGCUGGCAUGAGGAUUGGCUCCAAACUCUCAAGGUGAUGGACGCCAUUGCACGUUACCCACGAGGAGCAAGUCAACAAAAGGGCCAAGAUAAUCCCAGAAAGAAGAGCUGUAGCUGUAAAAAAGAAAAAAAGACCUGUGCUGAUGAAACCACACACAGCCCUGCAAGCACCAAGACCAAGGGCAAAGAAAAAUCUAAGGGAAAUGAAAGCAGGAAAGAAACCAGCAAGAAAGAGGAUACAGGAACAGAGCAAGAGGAGACAACUACAAACCCUGCACCUAAACCAAAUAUACCUGAGAAAUCCAUCUCACCAGAUACACCUGAGAAUCCCGGUUCUUCUGACACCAUUCAAGUCACACCAGAUAAAAACCCUCACACUGCUGAAAGGGCCAUGUAUCCUGAUGGAUCUGAAAUGCCCAACACUCCUCACACACCUAAAACACAUGAACAGGAGACCACAAGUAUUAAGGAGGGAUAAAAUGCCUUGUAAAAGCAAAGUAAUCAUUUUCUGCACUGUAAAGAUAACCUGUUAGCUCAACUUUGAGCAGUUUUGGACAAAUACAACCUUAGCUCCAAGUGAAACUGAACCCUGAAAUUGUAUAGCAGAUAUAGAUAUAGAUAUAUUGUACAAUUAAUCCAUUCAUUAAAUAGAGCAUUGGUAGUCCUAUAGGCUUUGUACCAGGAUCAUUUCAUGAGCACAA